CGGAGCCGCACGUGUUCCGAGCUCCGGCGCGCGGUAGUGGUUUCCUCAGCUGUGGGUGCCCUCGGUUAGCCAUGGAGGCCCGCAGCGCGGAGGAGUUGCUGGCCCGGGCCGAGCGAGCCGAGGCGGAGAAGCUGCGGCUCAUUACGGUGCACAAGGACCUAGAGCUCGAAUUCGACCUGGGCAACCUGCUGGCCACUGACCGGAACCCCCCGACGGGCCUGCGGCAGCGGAGCGGACCCGGGCUGGAGGCGCAGCUGCGGGGGCUGGCCCGGGACAACGUGCAGCUGCUCAUCAACCAACUGUGGCAGCUGCCCUCGGAGCGCGUGGAGGAGGCGGUGGUGGCCAGGCUGCCCGAGCCCAGCCUGCGGCUGCCCCGCGAGAAACCGCUGCCCAAGCCGCGGCCGCUCACCCGCUGGCAGCAGUUCGCGCAGCUGAAGGGCAUCCGGCCGCGCAAGAAGACCAGCCUGGUGUGGGACGAGGCGAGCAAGCAGUGGAGGCGGCGCUGGGGCUACCAGCGGGCCCGCGACGACACCAAGGAGUGGCUCAUUGAGGUGCCCGGCGGCGCUGACCCCGACGAGGACCAGUUCGCCAAGAGGCUGCAGGCCAAGAAGGAGCGCGUGGCCAGGAACGAGCUGAACCGGCUGCGCAACAUCGCGCGGGCGCACAAGGUGCAGCUCCCCAGCCAGGGAGGCAUGCACCCCACCGGCUACCAGAGCCGGGCCGAGCUGGGCAAAGCCAUGCAGGUGGCCAAGGUCUCCACCGCCUCCGUGGGGCGCUUCCAGGAGCGGCUGCCCAAGGAGAAGCCGCCCCGGGGCCCCGGCAAGAAGCGCCAGUUCCAGCCCAACAUCGGGGACUUCGCGGCCGAGAAGAAGAGUCAGCUGGAGCUGAUCAGGGUCAUGAACAGCAAAAAGCCCAGAAUGGACGUGACCCGGGCCACCAACAAGCAGAUGAGGGAGGAGGACAGGGAGGAGGCCGCCAAGAAGAGGAAGGUGGCCAAGGGCCGCGGGGGCAAGCGGAAAGGGCGACCCCUGGGGCCAGGGGGGAAGGGGAAAGGGGGACCGCCAGGCCCAGGAGGCAAGCGAAAAGGGCGACCGCCGGGUCUGGGGGGCAAGAAAGGACAGCGUCAAGGAGGGAAGAGAAGGAAGUGAUGCAUUUUCCUCUAUAGUGGGUGUUCAGUCGCUGAACAGUCUUGGGAGUGCCUUCUUGGCUCCAGUGGAAUAAGGAAAUAAAGACAUGAUUCCCUGCCCUCCUGAAGUUUGGUGUUAUAUUGUUAAGCACCUAGCUCUGUGGCCCAAAAUUUAAUUGCUUUGGACAUUCCAAAAGAUGAAUGGGGAACACAGUAAUCAAGGAAUAUUUUGUGAAGGAGUUGGGACUUGAGCUUGGCUUGAAAUGGUUUUCUGGACUUUGAAAUUUAAACUGCUUGUAACUUUUGGAGGAGGGGAAUUGUUGAGGAAGGUAUGAAUAUAUUUCAGAUUCUUAGUAAAAGUUUAAUAUUGUGAGUUCAGAAUUAAGUUUAAAAGUAACCAGUUGCAAAGAUUAAUAAAUGUUAAAUUUCU